UCGGGUUUCUUAUGAGCUGUAUUGCUGUUACUGAAAACGGAAGCUAGAUAGUCAUUUUCUUCUAAAAAGUAAAAGCUCUCUCCAUUUUUUAUGUUUUUUUUCUCAAACAAUCUUGCCUUUUCAAGUCUUAAAAAAUGGAGGGUUCCUCGAACUCCAUUGUUGAAGAAAGAGCAGAGCUUAUGGUUUCACCAGAUAAUAAAAACCUCGAACUAAGAACAGCCCAUUUCAUCACACCUUCCACAGGCUUAACCUCCAUUGAUGGAAACCUUCCAAACCAUUGUCUUUCCUCUUUGACAAAAACUUAUCCCAAAAAUCGGGCUAUGGAAGUAAAUUUCGUUGGGUGGAGACACCCACAAAAAGAAUGGAAAGCAUGGGUCGCCAACAUGGCUUCAUUACAUGAAUCCACAUGGAAGGAAGCUGGUAUUUUCGAAGCCAUAAUGAAUUCAACGUACAAGAUUGAAAGAAACAAUGAUUUGGUCUUUGGGGUUGCUGAAAAUUGGUGCCAUGAAACCAAUAGUUUCAUUUUUCCUUGGGGUGAAGCGACGAUUACAUUGGAAGAUAUCAUGAUCCUUGGGGGUUAUUCAGUUUUGGGGUCUCCUGUUUUCACUCCUGUUGAAACAGAGGAAAUGGAGGAAACAUGGGAGAAACUCGAAAAUGCAAGGAAAGAAAUGUACAAGAGUACAACUAAAAAGGCCAGUCACAGUUUGUGGAUAAGGAAGUUCAUGCACAGCGGUAGCGAAAUCGAGCACGAGGCAUUCCUUGCAUUGUGGUUAUCAAGGUUUGUUUUACCAUCUUCUUUUGAUGUUGUUGUAAACAUUGUUUUCCCCAUUGCUAUUCACCUUGCCAGGGGGACUAGAAUUGCACUUGGACCUGCUGCUCUUGCUAAGAUUUAUAGUGAUUUGAGUUGCUUAAAACAAAACAUUAUUGCUUCAACACAGUUAGAUUCCAAAUGUGAUGGUGGAAAUGUUGCAGUUGCACUAGAGGUUACACUUUGCUCACAACUUACACUAGUCCAGGUUUGGGUCUGGGAGAGAUUUCUGGACUUACGUCCGAAGCCUAACUUAAUCGAAAAUGGCGAUCCAAGGUUGGCUUUAUGGCAUGACCUGAAGUGCAAAGUGCAAGAUGUGAGGUCAGUUCUAGACUCAAGCAAGGAACGGUUUGAUUGGCGUCCUUACGUUAAUUGUGGUAAGUUUUAUGGAGAUACAGCAAUAUGGAUAUCAGUUGAUUUGAGUUUAGACGAUGAAUUGCUGUCGUUUGCUCAAUGCUUGAGGGCUUCGGAGCUGGUUGGACUAGAAUGUAUAGAGCAGUACCUUCCGCAUAGAGUGGCAUUGCAAUUCGGAAUGGACCAAGAUAUUCCCUGUAGCGUUCCCCGAUCAAACGAUAGUCCUGAGAUCGCAUGGUCCAAUUACAAUAAUUCCGUUGGUGGUGGGAAGUUGUACAUUCCUUCCAAGCUUUUCAAGGGAGAUGUUACUGCUAAAUACUCGAAUUGGUGGAAGCAAUCGGUCUUGAUUCUGCAAGAAGAAAGUAUAGAUGUGUUACUAAAGCAAAGACGCUCCACAAACUUCAAAAUGACACCAAAUGGAACAAUGGGAAUUACUGAAACUGAUAUGUUCAGAGGUUUAAAAUUGAUUCCGAUGUGCUUGAAGCGGCCUAGAGAAGAUGAUACUUACAGUGGUUUUAAGACAAUGCCAAAGAAGUUUAAGGGAGUGGGAACCCAUACCUCGUCCCUAACUCGACCUGGUAGCAGUGCCAGUUCUGAUCAUGGUUCUCCAAUGAUAAAAUUUAAGCAGUUACCAAAAUAUCCAGAACGGAAGAAGGAAGUUUGUAAUGCAGGUUUUGUAGCUCGAAGCUCAUCGAUAGCAAUUGGCUCAGAAGUAGACACUGAAGUUAAGGAUGAAAGUACUUCAUCUAGCUCUCUUUCCAAGUUAAAGCCUGAUUUUGUAAUCCAGAAGGAACUUAAUAAUUCUUCAUUUCCUCCUGGUUUUCCUCCCAAAGGAAAUAUGCUGCAAGCCAAAGGUUCUUUUAAUCGAGAUAAGGUGACUGUGGCUGUACCAGUUCCUCCCGGUUUUAUCCCCAAAAGUUCUAUUACUGAAGAUAAAAUUAACCCUCCAGUUCCUCCUGGUUUUCCUUCCAAAUGCAAUAUGGUGGAAGUAAGGGAUAUUGUUGAUGCCAGAGAUUUUGUUGAAGAUAAAGUGACUGUAACAAUGGGUGGGAAUCAUUCAGCAAGUCAUCUUGGAAGUCUUUCUUUAGAUUCCAACGAAAAAAAUCAACUUACAAUAUCACAAAUGUCGAAACCCUAUAAGAAGUUUGGCAAUAUUGACAGAAGAGAUGCUUUAGAGAACUCAUCAGGUCAAUGUUCAGUUGCAGAUAAUGUGCUUCCAAGAUGUGAGCUGAUAACAACACUUGGAGCAGAGGAGGAUGCACAUGGCGCAUCAAUCGUACCUGCAAUUUACUGUAAUGCUUGUCCAAAUGAACAAUCAUGGCUACAUCUCGAAGCACGUAUAAGCAAGCUGGAGACACUGCUUGGUAAGAUGAAAGCAGCUAGGGAGGUUAAGUCAUUAGUAACUAAAGGUUGGGUUAAUUUGGAUUAAUUAACCCUUUGUUUUUUGCAAAUAUUUGAUCAUCCAUUAGAAGUGAAUUUAAGGAUUAGUUAGCCUAAGCAGAUACAUUGAAAUUUACAUGCUUUUGAUGCUACCCUUUUUGGUGAAUUUAGUUAGUUCGACCACUUUAUAGCAAGAAAGAAAAACAGCUUUUGCUGCUUAUAUAAGUUGCAAGAUGACAAAUUACAAAGUUAAAGCUUCUUGUACAUUUGC